AUGACGCCAAGCCAAACAAAGUCAGGCUCCUCCUUCGAUCCAUCUUCAUCAUAUUUACACUCGACACACGUCGAUGCUAGCGACCACCAUCACCACCUUGCAAAUUCAUCGCGCACUUCUGAUCAUCAUCCUCACAUACGGACCUCGGAGUCGUCCAGUUCCACGUUCGCUUCUUCGUCCAGGCAUACUUUGGAUCAGGGCAACAACACAAAACGCACAUCGAAGCAAGCAGCUUCUAGCUGUUCCACCAGACCACAAACAUCAGCCUCGUCACCGCCAUCCUCGCCAGCGUCUGCGGCCGCAGUUGACGAACGAGACCUAGAGUCGCAGUCGCUGUCAGCACAUUUCCCACUGCAAGGCUCACAGGAAGGUCUCCAUUCCAGCAUCGCCUCGAACCGUAGCACCCAUUCAGAUCACCCCAACACGUCGGCUAUGGCCACGCUUACCGUCAACACGCCUCCUGCAGUCCAUCAAACCGAUCCGAUGCUCCAAGUACGCUCGACAAACAGUCCGCUCCACAAGUCGGCUGCCUCUUUCCACCACUCACAUCGUUCGCCUUCACCUCCACCCCCGCCUGCCCCGUACACACAACCUCCUGUCACAUCUUCAUUGAGCAACGUCACUUCUGGCGACGGCUGGGCCAUCGUCCCCAAGUCCCCAAGGUGCACCUCUUCGAAUUCCGAGGCUGCCCUCGCAUCGGCGAAUGCAUCAUCUAGCGCGUCUGCGUCUGCGUCUUCGACAGCACAGCACGCCAACGCAGACGACUUUGCCGGUCUAAGCCAAGCUGCUUACGCAGCAGCCGCCAACGAUGCAUCAACUCGUCGCUGCGGGCCCGUCGACCUGGCUUCCAGCUACGAUGUGCCGUUUGGAGAAAGGGCCUCACCCGCCAUCAUCUCGCUCGCUCAGCGCAAUGCUAGGCCCUUGAGCCGCAACGGCGUACAUCCGCCCAGCCCUUUGACCUUGUCUCCCGCAUUGGCGAGCGAGCCCAUCAAUCCGUCUGGCGCACAUCGAGGUGGUCUUCGUGGAUCCGAUGAAGAUCUCGAGGUCGCCGACAAGGAUGCUGCCAUGGACACCUCAGACGACAACUGCGCAUCUACCGGCGCAACACCUCUGGUGCCUCCAGCAACACGAAAACUCUGCGUUCGACACCAACGCAUGGCCGACGAAGGCACCACCGCCCGACUGCAAAAGUCCAUCGAAAGCCUGCCGCUCGCCGAUCAGACCGCCGUCAACACCGUGUGGUCGCUCUUUUCGUCUUCGUCCCACUCGCGCAGGGCGCUGAUCCUCCAAGGCAUUCUCACCAUGUGCUGCUUCAGCCAGCUUUCGCUGCUCUCGUCCGAGCUAGCCCUCGCUAUCCGCAUCGACCCGUUCUCGCUCUUCCCGCGGGAAGUUUCGCUCAAAGUGCUCGGCCAUCUCGACGCAAUGAGUCUCGGCAGAGCUGCCCAGGUGAGCCGAUCCUGGAAGCAGCUUGCCGAUGACGACCUGCUCUGGCGCAACAUGUGCGAGCAGCACAUCGAACGCAAGUGCGAAAAGUGCGGCUGGGGUCUUCCGUUGCUUAGCGAGCGCCGUCGUCGUGCGCCCGGUCCCGCUGUGCAGCUCGGCACUCCCGAAUCGCGCGACCUCAGCUCCGAUGGGUCGGGAUGCACCUCGUCCACCACGCCGGGCUCGCUCAAGCGCAGCAUCACUGCCGCUGCCAACGCCGCUGCGCUCGAAAAGCAGUCACGCUCGCGGGCCUCGAGCCCCACCCCCUCCGGCGGUCGCAACCACUCCCGCUCCGUCUCUGGCCAGCGUGAUUCGCACUUGGACGCCAUCCCGGAGCAGCGCGACCGCGACGCCCCUCCUCUCAAGAAGCAGCGAAGCGGUCUCAACGGCGAGGCCAAUGCCUCUGGCUCAUCGUCGGGCGCUGCACCAAAGACGCGUCCUUGGAAGUCGGUCUACUGCGAGCGACUCGCCAUCGAACGCAAUUGGCGCCGCGGUCGCUACACGUCACGCAUUCUCACGGGGCACACAGACGGUAUCAUGUGCCUUCAAUUCAACGAGAAUCUGGCGCACCCAGCAUUCCCGGUCGUUAUCACGGGCAGCUACGACCGCACUGCGCGCAUCUGGAACCUCGAAACGGGCGAGAUGCUGCGCGUGCUCGAGGGGCACACCAGGGGCGUGCGCUGCCUGCAAUUUGACGAGGCCAAGCUCAUCACCGGAUCCAUGGACCGCACGCUCAAGAUCUGGAACUGGAGGACGGGUGCGUUGAUGCGCACGCUCGAGGGUCAUACCGAGGGUAUCGUCUGCCUCCACUUCAACGACGACACACUUGCCAGCGGCAGUGCCGACAGCAACAUCAAGAUCUGGAACUUCCGCACCGGCGAAUGCUACACGCUCCGCGGUCAUCGCGACUGGGUCAACGCCGUGACGCUCUGGACGGGGCCUGCCGCCAAGAAGCGCCAGCAGCGUCUGCGAGAAGCUCUUCGGGAAUCGCGUACCGUCACCUCGAUCAAGGAGGAAGAUCCCACCGCCGCCGGCACUUUCCUCUUCUCUGCAUCAGAUGACGGCUCGAUCCGACUCUGGGACCUGGGCUUGCGUGAGUGCCUGCUCACGUUCGAAGGCCAUGUAGGCCAGGUGCAGAGCCUCAAACUCGUCAUGAUGGACGACGAGGCGGUGAGGAAGCUCGUCGGCGGCGCAGCUGGCGGUGUCGAUGGCGAGUCGUCGGCUCAACAGCGCAGUGGCGCACGACAAGCUUCGACUCACUCGAACGGGAAUGCGCACGAGGAGGCGGUAGCCUCUGGGGAUGCAGAUCAGGACAUGCUUUCGGUCGAGGAUCAAGAGUCGUACUUCCUCGGCGAUGCCAGCCUAUCGCCAUCGCGCCGACAGUUCGAGGGAGGGCUGGCGUCGUCUGUAGGAGCGGCAGAUAUCCGUUCCAGCAGCGUCAGCAACGGCAGCGCAUCGACCAGGCUUGGUCCUGCGCGUCGAAUGUCGAAUGCAGCCGAGAUCCCAGAGCGCUUCUACCACGCAAACGGUAGCAACGAUGCUGCACCUCGUCGAGGAGUAGGUGCCUCGUCGUCACAGCAGCAACAGCAGCGUCGUCGCAUCGACAAGAGCCUGUUGCGGGUGCAGGACCGUCUGUGUGCAGCAGGACUCGUCGAGCCGCUGCCUCUGGAUGCCGAAAUGGGCGAUCUGGACCCUACCAUCCAAGCCGCGCGCUCGACGAACGGCAACCGAUCGGGCGACGAAUCGCAAUCCAGCACUUCGAAGGACAAGACCGCCGAUCGACACCACGUCAAACCGCGUCCCGUGCUUAUUUCCGGUUCGCUGGACAACACGCUCAAGAUCUGGGACGUGCGUACCGGUCGAUGCAUCCGAACGCUCUUCGGUCAUGUCGAGGGCGUGUGGUCGUUGGACGUGGACAAGUUGAGGAUCGCGAGCGCGUCGCAUGACAGGACGAUCAAGAUCUGGGACAGAGAUACGGGGUACUGCCAGAACACGUUGGUAGGGCACAAGGGUGCCGUGACGUGUGUCAGUUUGAGCGACGAUAAGAUUGUCAGCGGUAGCGAUGAUGGCGAUAUCAAGGUGUGGAGCUUUGCUGCACAGUCGCAGACAGGUGCUGGAACAGGGGGACCAGGUGCGGGUGCGGGUCAGCAUCGGUUUGCUACGCCGGUGACCGCUAGUGCGGGGGAUUUGGGCGGACCUGCUCCGCCCGCUUAG